AUGGCAUCCCACGAUAACCUCCCCUCGGUUUCCUCCCCAUCUCUUAUUCUUACACACCCCACUGACUCUGAACGAGAGCGAGUAUGGAAGGGAACUCAUCCUCACUGGGGCCCCGCUCUGACUAUGGAAGAUUACAUUGCUCGCGAGUACAACAACUUGGAAGCUCCACUCGCUCGAGAUGGUGGUGUGACGUGCUGGAUCUUGACUGAUGGUAAUCUGAAGCCAGACGACAGACCCAUUCUCUCAUCUUGUGAGACGUACAAGAAGAGGGCUCUCGUUUCCAGCAAAGAUGGCCAUGUAAGGGAUGGAACUGCUCAUGGUGUAGCCAGCGUCUUCACGUUCCCUGAAUGCCGUGGCAAGAGAUAUGCCAGUAAGAUGAUGUCUCUGUUGGCGAACGAGUUUCGAGGAAGACAGCAAAAGAACGAAGGAGAUGCCGACUUCUCUGUCCUCUGGUCAGAUGUAGGCCCCAAGUUCUACAACGCUGUUGGAUGGAAGCCCUUCGAAAGCAACCAUCUUGAGUUUCCUGUCGCCGAAGCCGUCUCCAUCGUGGAUGCGUCCGUAAAGCCUAUCACUCUCGGUGAUAUCUCAGAUCUCGCAGCUCGAGACGAGGAGCUCCUUCGGGCAAGAAUCUCAUCACCAUCUUCUCAAACCAGAGCCGUUGUUGUUCCCGACGCAACCACUCUUCGCUGGCAUAUCCACCGAGAGAACUUCAUGUGCAAGCACAUCUUUUCUCGUACGCCUACAGUCCACGGUGCCGUAUACACUCCACCAGACACCCCCAACUCGAGAAUCUGGGCUGUCUGGACCGGUAGCUUCUAUGGUAUGCUUGACAAGCCCGAGAAGAACAUCCUUCGUAUUGUCCGUUUGGUGGUUGAAGAUGAGAAUGUCUCAGAUGAGGCACUUGCAAAGGGUAUCCAGGCUAUCGCUAGCUCUGCUCAGAAAACAGCUAAGGAGUGGUCAUGCUCUAAAGUUGAAAUUUGGAACCCUGAGGAUCGUGUAAGAAGGACCGCGGAAGGCAUACAAUCUUUGGGAACUAAGUUUGUUGUGAGAGAAAACGACAGUAUUUCCAGCUUGCAAUGGUUCGGAAAGGACUCUGACCAGGACGUCGAGUGGGUUGCUAGCGAGAAGUUUGCCUGGUGUUAA